AGAAACUGUUAUUCAAAUUAAACGAGAAGUUUAUAAGAAAAAACUAAGACGGAUUUUUCAAAGGCAAACUUAGAUACAUUUCACAUUCAGAAUAUUUUUUUUUGCCAUUUUAAGUUUAUUUUUUUAUAUACAUUUUUAUAAAUGGCUAAUAUAUUUAAUUUGUUUGGUGAAACAUCAGAACUUCACAAAGAACCAGUUACGAAACCUUUGGCUAGAUCAAAAAGCUCUCUCGAUAUAAGCGGUACUUCCUUAAAGAAUGUUAGUCGAUCAAAACCAAAAGGGUUAUCAAUUAGGUCUAAUUCUGACUUGAAUGUAUCCGUCACCCCGCAAAAUAUUCCAAAUAAACAACAGGAAUUACUGAAGCCAACACAGGUAGACAAUAACGGUCAAGUAAUAUCACCUAGAAAAGCUGCUUUAUCAAAGAAAUCAUUUGGAUGUUGUGAUAAAUUGAAAGAUAUAUCUCCAAAAAAAAGAUUUAACACAAAAAAUAUAAAAUUACCAGUAUCACACGAUGAAAGUAUUUUUAAAAGACCAUUACCAUUAAAAAAUAAUAAGAAAUUAUACCCAGAGCCAGAAAGUCUAGCACCAUACUGUGACAUGCAAUUUAAAUUUGAUGAUGUUUAUACCAAAGGUAUAGAAAAUGAAUUCGAAGGAUUACUUGAAAAGGAAAAAAAUGAAGAUGAAGGAUUUGAAUCAGGUUCAGAGCUAAUUGAUUUUGAAAUGCCAGAAUUACGUAUACCAUUUGAAUUAUUUGAUGAAAGAGAGAUACAAUAUAAAAUUCCUGAUUUACCAGAAAUAUCAAAUGAUGACAAAAUAUAAAAAU